CCAGCCCAACAAAGUCAUUGGAAUUUUAACAAUAAUAACCAUUAAUUUAGAUAGGCUUACAUUGGUUCUUAAUUUUGAGAAAGAUUAAGUACCAAUGGCAAUGUCCUCUACUACUCUGUCUUUCUUCUCCCUCUUCAUCUCUGUGUUGGUAUCGCUGGACUCCAGUAUUAGCAAUGUCCAAUUAGUCCAGGCAGGCAACCCAAAUUACAGAGAUGCCCUUGCAAAGUCCAUCCUCUUCUUCCAGGGACAGAGGUCAGGCAAGCUCCCCUCCGGCGCCGCCCAACAAAUCACUUGGAGGUCUAAUUCUGGCCUUUCCGAUGGCCGUUUCGCACAAGUGGACUUAACUGGAGGAUACUACGAUGCUGGAGACAAUGUCAAGUUCAACUUCCCAAUGGCCUUCACCACCACAAUGCUUUCAUGGGGAGCACUUGAAUAUGGCAAGAAAAUGGGACCCCAACUAGCAAGUACCCGGGCCGCAAUCCGAUGGUCCGCAACAUAUCUUCUAAAAUGUGCUAGAGCCACACCCAAUAGGCUCUAUGUUGGGGUCGGGGACCCCAAUAUAGACCACAAGUGUUGGGAGAGGCCCGAAGACAUGGAUACGUCCCGAACCGUUUACUGGGUCUCUCCAAGCAAUCCAGGCUCGGAUGUUGCUGGAGAGACGGCAGCCGCACUGGCGGCUGCUUCUAUGGUUUUUCGAAAGGUAGACUCCAAAUAUUCGAAGUUGCUAUUGAGCACAGCCAAGAAGGUGUUUCAAUUUGCAAUUCAGUACAGAGGUGCCUACAGUGAUUCACUUGGUUCUGCAGUUUGCCCAUUUUACUGCUCAUAUUCUGGAUACAAGGAUGAGUUGGUGUGGGGUGCUGCAUGGCUUCUUAGAGCAACAAAUGAUGCUUUUUACUUCAAUUUCUUGAAAUCCAUGGGAGCUGGUGAUUCACCAGACAUCUUCAGCUGGGAUAACAAAUUUGCUGGUGCUUAUGUUCUGCUAUCAAGGAGGGCUGUGUUGAACAAUGACAAGAAUUUUGACUCGUAUAAACAACAAGCUGAGCAAUUUAUGUGCGGCAUUUUGCCCAACUCACCCUCUUCAAGUACACAAUACACACAAGGAGGGCUCAUAUACAAGCUGCCUGGAAGUAACCUCCAAUAUGUCACCUCAAUUACAUUCUUGCUCACUACCUAUUCCAAGUACAUGUCUGCCAGAAAGCACACAUUUAACUGUGGAAACCUUGUCGUCACUUCAAGCGCUUUAAGAAACCUUGCCAAGAGACAGGUGGAUUACAUAUUAGGGGUAAACCCUCUGAAGAUGUCCUACAUGGUAGGGUAUGGACCCUACUAUCCCAAGAGAAUUCACCACAGAGGAUCUUCAUUGCCCUCAUUGGAUAGUCAUCCGCAAACGAUCGGAUGUGAUGGCGGUUUCCAACCGUUCUUCUAUUCAUCAAAUCCAAAUCCUAACAUCUUAGUUGGAGCUGUUGUUGGAGGUCCAAAUCAGAAUGAUGGGUUUCCAGAUGACCGAGCCGAUUAUAGUCAUUCAGAGCCUGCAACAUACAUAAAUGGUGCUAUAGUUGGACCGUUAGCAUACUUUGCUGGGAGCAAAUCUCAAUAGAAGUUGUACCAGCUAACUGUAAAUAGCUAUAUUUGAUUGUCCCCAAAAGGGGUCUAUCCGUCUAUGUAUCCCACCAGAAAUACGUGGGAUAUUUGUUUGUCUUUGCUUCUUUCCAACAAUGAUCUGGAAAAGUAGGCAUUUUUAGGCUCGCAUCGAGCAGUUUAUGAAUCAAAAUUAAAUUAA